ACUGCAGUCUGAUUUUCUCAGCAAUCUGAUCCACCUCCUGACUAUGAACGGACUAACACUCCUGCAGCUUCUCACUGCCUGUGUGGUCAGUGAAGCARCAUCCAGAGCCCUUUGGCAGUUCGGGAAUAUGAUMGUUUGUGUUCAGCCUAAUGUGAAUCCUCUGGAGUACAACAAAUACGGCUGCUACUGUGGCUUUGGUGGAUCGGGGAAACCAGUGGAUGGCUUGGACAAGUGCUGUCAAACUCAUGAUGAUUGCUACGAAGAUGUCCGCAAGAUGGAACACUGCUCGUCUUCCCUCCUGCAUCUCUUUGUUCAAAUUUACCAUUACACCUGUACGAGCAAAAAUGUGACAUGCACAGAUGCCAACAAGAAGUGCGAGGCAGCUUUGUGUGAGUGUGAUCGAGCUGCAGCUCACUGYUUCGCCCAAAAUGAGUUUAACCCCAAACACAAACAUGAGCACCUGAAUCCAAAAGUCUGUCAAUAAAAUCUCACUUUAAAGAGAA